CUUCGAUACAAUAUGACAACAUAAAGGAACUGGCUGUCAAUCUUUACUCCCCUCCCCAUUUUCAAUCCGUCAAAUUGGCACAAAUUAUAACAAUAACAAACAGGAUGAAAUUAAUUCGAGACACAGUGAAAUUGUAUUAAACACGACCAAAAUGGAAUUGUUUAGAUCAGAUUUGUAUUAUAUAUUUGUUAGAAACGAAUCGAGUUUGUGGUGGAAUAGAGUAACGGGAUCUUUUUCAGUGCGAUCAGCAUGGGACAUGUCCGACAUCGAAGAUAUAGAAUGUCUAGGUAUAACGGAAGGAAUCAUAGGUAAAGUGGAACACUCAAAUAUUUUUGAGCCAUGUCUGAUGAUAAUAAAGGAGAGUGUGCCCGUUGGCAAUAUAUACUUCCAUCACACAAUUCACAAAAUAAAAUCAAUAUGCUUCCUGAACAUGGGAGUGUCAAAUCAAGAGUUGGAGCUGUGCGUCUGCACAAAACAUGGCUCGUCCAGUUCGGUAGCUAGUACUAACAAAAAGAUUGGGAGCAGGCUGUUUGAGAAUUCAGCCUUUUUGAACAAAACUGUAGGGGCAGUCAAGAAUGUCAGCAACACCAUCAAGACCACAACCCAGCAAGCUGCUACUCAGGUAAAACAGACAGUGAAAAAACAGAGAGAUCCAAAAGUGGCCGAGCGUUUCGAAAAGCGCCUCACGGAUGAACUGCACAAGAUCUUCGACGACUCCGACAGUUUCUAUUACUCUCGCACUCUGGACCUGACGAACAGUCUUCAGCGGCAGUACGAGAUAGAGAAGGUUCUGGAGUCGGAGGAAGGCACGGGCCGCCCGUUGACGGACAUCACGCGCUGGUGGAAACACGUCGACGAUAGAUUCUUUUGGAAUAAGCAUAUGCUCAAAGACAUCAUCGCUUUAGGGAGCCCGGACUGCGACCAAUGGAUCCUGCCCGUAAUCCAAGGGUACGUGCACCUGUCACAAAUCGCAGUGGAGCCCGCGGACGCCAACCCGCUCAACACUGAGAGCCUCUCCAGCACGAACAGCUGCGACGAGACCUUUACACUGGGACUUAUAUCCAGGCGCUCGAGGUACCAGGCGGGGACGAGGUACAACCGGCGCGGUAUAGAGCCAGGCGGCAACGUCGCUAACUACGUGGAGACUGAGCAGAUCGUGUCAAUUAUAUGUACCGACAGCAUACACAGAGCUUCCUUUGUACAGGUCCGUGGUUCCGUGCCUAUAUUUUGGAGCCAACCUGAAUAUAAAUUCAGACCUCCACCACGUCUCGAUAGAACCGAAGACGAAUCACACGCCGCGUUCAAGAAGCACUUCGACAACGAGAUAAACUUGUACAAGCAGGUGUGUAUAGUGAACCUGGUGGAGCAGCAGGGCAGGGAGCGCGUCAUAUGGGAGGCGUACGGGAACCACGUGCUCAGAUACAACAGCCCCAACCUCAUAUACGCGACCUUCGACUUCCACGAGUAUUGUCGCGGCAUGCACUACGAGAACGUGAGCAUCCUGAUAAACGCGAUCGCGGACGUGAUAUCGGAGAUGCGGUUCUGCUGGCGCGACGACCGCGGCCUCAUCUGCACGCAGAGCGGCGUCUUCAGGGUCAACUGCAUCGACUGCCUCGACCGGACCAAUGUCGUGCAGACGGCAAUAGCGAAGUACGUGCUGGAGCUGCAGCUGUGCCGCCUCGGGCUCGGCACGCCGGGCUGCGGCCUGCCGCCGGCGCUGCGCCAGGCCUUCCUCACCAUGUGGGCCGACAACGGCGACGUCGUGUCGCGCCAGUACGCAGGCACUAAGGCCUUAAAGGGCGACUACACACGAACAGGCGAGAGAAAGUUCACUGGCAUGAUGAAAGACGGCGUUGCUUCGGCAAACCGAUACUACCUGUCGACGUUCAAGGACGCGCUGCGGCAGGUGGCGAUCGACGUGAUGACGGGCGAGUCGCGCGCCAUCCCCGAGCAGCUCAUGGUGCCCGACUGCGGCCGCUGCACCGCCGUCAAGGUGCUCAUGUUCAACGACCAAACGGAACCGGACACGGCCGCCAUGGCGCAACACGUGAAAUCCCUUAUAGACGACUGUAAGAAGCUCCUAGUGGACACCGAACCGAUCCUGGGCUCGUGGGGACUCAUCGAUGCAGAUCCAAACACGGGUGACCCUCAAGAGUCGGAGAUGGACACGGUGAUGGUGCUGACGAGCUCGGCGUACUACGUGGCGGACUACGACGAGACCUCGGACCGGCUGCUCGCCGUGCAGAGGGUGCCGCUCGCCGACCUCACCUCCAUCGAGCAGGGGACUUACGAUGCCAACACUACGAUAUUCGGCGUGGGGCGCAAGACCGGUUCGGAGCCGGUAUACUGCAUGCGAGUGAACUACAUGCACAACGGCGAGCCGGGAUACUUCCACAUGUUCCGCUCCACCUCGCUGCGGUUCUUCAACAACAUGGCGGUCGUCAUCAACACUAGGGAUGAGAUGAUCGAAUCGCUGCACUCGAUAUGCGAGUCGUUGCUCGUAGCCAGGGAUGUUGCCAAACUACCACCGAUACCCUUCCACGAAGGAAUAAAGCUCGAGAAGAAGAAGUCUAAGGUGCACCCGAACCACGCGCAGUCAGGUGGCACUCGCUCGUCUCUGUACCUCGACCUGUCCCGCCUGCCCACCCUCACGCGGAACGUCAGCGAAACACAACUCGUUGCUGAUAUCAGGAGUGUUGGAUCAAAAGCCUUCAACAACAUGACCGAACAGUUCAGCAAGCUCAACAAGCUAAGCCAUUCCCUAAACGCACGCGCUCGGCCUAGCCUGCAAUUAAAAUUCGACCAGGGUGCCUCAAAAACAAAGAAAAUAUUCACGCUGGGUCACCACAAGUCAGACAAUAAGAAGAAGGGGAGUCUCUCCGACGGAAUGAGCUCCGAUUACUCUUCCGACGACGAAAACAGAACUAAUAUAUUCGAACCGACGUUGGACAACUUCGAAAACUCACAACACUACAUAGGAAAAGUGGAACAGAAGGACGAGAACGAUUGUGAAUUAAUCGAGAACCCUUUGUAUUCGUCUAAAAUCGAACCCAGUGAGAAUCCAGUAUUCCUGCACACGGAAGUCGUCCAGCCGAAACAGUUAAAGACUCCGAGCCACGUCAAUAAAAUCAAUCCUUUCGACUCAGAGAUGAAAACUCCAGAGAUACAAGUCGAACACGAGAAUCAUAAGCCGACACCGCCGAACUCUUUGAUGCUGUCUCAGAAGUUAUCGCACAGUUCCAACGAUGUGAACUACGAUGAAAAUCAAGCCGAGGGGGUCAAUUAUCAUGUACGUUCUAACUCUCAGCACGAGAUCACGUUGAAUAUCGCACAGUCGCACAGCGAGUCGGCGCUGAGACAGUUGAAAAAUAUCGCCAGUCCAGUGUCGAGCGCUACUAAAGACAUGGUGUUAUCGCCGCUGACGAAAUUGGCAAAAGGCGUGCAGACUUUGGGUGCCAAUUUGGAUCCCAGGAAAAUUAAAGGCUCAGUAAACGUAAAACACGUAACAGAACAGCAAUACGAGGAGCAUCGGAAACUGCAAGAGAAAUGGCGCGACUGCAACACCAGGCUCGUCGCGUUGUGAGUUGUUCAAGAGUUGAUGGACAGUUGUACGAGAGGUUUAGUUAAUGUUCAUUGACUUAGCGCAAAGCGUUUUGUUUAGUUAGCAGUAAUGCAGUAUGUUGUACCAGUUUGUAGACUAGUCUUAUUCUUGUUUGAACUGUGCUUUACAAUACGCUGAAAUAUAAAAUUGAUACGUCAUGAGUACAUAAGGUCGAAUGUCGAUUUUUUUGCACAUAUUUUAAUGUGAUUUUUACGAGAUUAUAAUUUUAUUGCGGAUAUCGCUUCUAAAUCAUAAGCAUGAAAAUAUGCCACAAUACGUCAAUUAUGAAAUAUCUUUAAAACUGGUAUAACAUACUAAAAACUACCUGAUAAUUUAUUGACAUUAUAAUUUGUGAUGUUUUAUUAUUUUAUAUCAUCGUACCGUCUCAUUCGUAACAGUUUUUAGUGAAAUUUUGCUGUUUUAAUGUCGUUUGUAUUGUUCGCUUUGUGUAUUUAUUGAUAGUAUUGUUCGACUAUAUUAAUGUAGGUACAGAAUUUGAAGUUAUGAGUAACGACUGCAGUUAUUAUUGGUUUGUAAAUCUGAGAAAGGUAGGCAAAGACCACUGCUCAUGGGCGCCAUAGGGGAGUGCAAGCGGGUGCACGCGCACCCCCCUGUCCGAAAUGAAUCACAAAAAAGUCACUGAAUUGACCAAUGAGGUUUUAUUAUGUUUUACCAGAUACAAAUACCCACGCGAUUUUUAUAAAUAAAAACAAAUUUAAUAUCAUGUAGUACCUACUUAUAGUGUGUACUGUGUAGAUGCAGAUGCACCCAUGCCACUAUCUAUCCUUUUCUUGAACUUAUAAUGAUUUGUACAAUUUCUGUUAUGGCCAGGCCAUGGUUCAAUGCAGUUUGGUCGAUCGACAGUUGCUUGUUUUUCAAAAUACAGUUAAAUUAAUCUUGGGUCUCAAAGGUGUUAAGACUCCUGUUUCCCACAUACUUUUACUAUUCGCUAUACGUACCACAAUUCAUAUCCUAAACUUCAUUCACGCAUUCGAGAUAAAUUUUCCGCUCCGUAGAAACACGAUCAAAUCCCUAAUGUUCACUUUGAAUAUGACGCAUUAGCUCUUGAAAAUUCCAAAUGUUAAUAUAAAUUCUCCCUUUAAUUACUGCCAAACUAGAAAAUUGUUUUCAAUAGUAAUCAUUUUAAGCAGUUGUUACUUGUAACUCCGAAUUUUCCUUAGUGAUUAUUAGACAUCAGGGUCAAAAUUCUGUCCCUUAAUGGUAGGAAACCAAGAACAGCGAAUUUGAAAGAACCGGCGACGGUCGAUAAGAUUUUGCUAUAAUUCCAUAUUUAACGCUAUAUUUAUAUCGAGGUCUAUAUAACGAAUGUGCAUAAAUACACGGGAAAAAAAUCAAAACUAUUUGUUUUAGAGCGCCAUUUUAACAGUUACUAUGCUAUGCAGUUUUUUUUUUGUGUACAAUAGUGUAGUUAGACUCAAAAAACUCAAAAUAUCGACAAAUAUGCGCGUACGCAUUAUUGUUAUUACGUCCUCGAUAUUUAUUACUUUUUGGCCGUUGCGUAUUUAAUUAUGCACUUUUUACUACAAAUACAUUAUUGUACCUAUUGUAAUCUCACAUUCCAUUUUAGUGUAUUUCCCUGACUUAGUUAAUAAAAAACAUACUAAGUAGGAAAUGUUUGUCUUGAGAAUAAAAUGUUUUGCAUGCCAAAAUAGAAGCGAUACGUAAUUCCUAAAAAGGUAUGGCUUAAUGCAAUGGUUAUUAAGAUGUUCCUUAGCACGAUUUCUAAAAAAACUAUUUUGUAUUUAGAUGUUUAAAUUAAAAUAUUUGGAUGAAAACUAUUACCACACAUAUAUUGGAAACUUAAUUUUUUUUUACUAUAACUUCAUUUUUUGAAUUUUUAUAUCUAUAAAUAAAAUAGUAUUCUUAAAUAUACAAAUACAUAGGAAAAAUAUAUUUUAACUUGUCCAUGCGUCGCUUUCAUUCACGAUAACCUUAGGGACGAUGUUUAAAAUGUAUCACGUUUUAUUUAAUUACUAAUUUAGUUUAAUUAUCAAGCAUAAAGCAUUCAAAAGCCCAGUAUGAAAGUAUAUUACCUCAUACCAAAAAGUAUAGUUAUCAUACAAAUUACAGUAUUAAAAUACAAUAAAUAAAUUAAUGAUUGCUAAUGUUUCAAAAACAUAAUAUUGCUUUAGUUUUAGGCUGGUUUAUAAUGUAAGUCUAUACUCCAUUUUAUCGUAUUAUAGCAUCCUUAAACCACCACGUUAAAGUACAUAGAAAUAGUAAAAUUACAAAGUUAUGUGUAUAUUAGAAGGCUAGCAAAAUGGGUAAUAGCAAAUAGCAAUACAUAUAAGAUAUUAAAAUAGUACGCGGAAUGCUUCUGUCAUGCUGUAACGUUACUCGGAUGUAUAUCCUAUGUUUCUUGUUAUGUGUUUCUGAAAAAAUGACUAUCUGGUUAGUUGUUGAGUAGGGCCUUAUCGGCUUUUCACCGUUCCCCUUUUCCUACAAAUUCGUGACGUAUGCAAGUAACAUAUUGUAAGAUUUUUUUAAGAUACUAAAUUAUUGUUUUUUUUUUAAUUGAGUUAUCUAGAAAAAAAUAUGAUUGUAAUAGUACAAACAAGCCAAUAUCCGAGUAACUUUAUGGUAAGAUGCUAUUAUAUAAAAAUAUAUUUGAAGCUUGCUACGAAAAUUAUAAUCAAUGUCAUAUCAAUGCAUUUUAAGUAUAGUGAAUCCAUGUGUGAAAUGUGAAACAAUACAAAACUCGUGGGAUUAAAAAACCUAUCACUUUCAAAGUGUGUACUUAACUAUUUAUUUAAAUAAAUAGAAGUGAUUAAUUUUAUCGACCACAUGCAACUGUAAUGAUAUUCCUCUCUCUUUACAAAAAUAUGUAUCACUAGGAAUAUACUUCUCGGCUGACAAAAUUUCGAGUUGGGGCGCUAUUUUUAAAACGCAUUGACAUGCAUUCACGUUCUCACGUUAUAUAUUUAUAUUAAACGCGCACCAAUUAAUGUAAUAUAAACAAUUCGAAUGAUGUUUAGUAGUAUUAGUUGAAUACAAUCGAUAUCGCUACUGACAAUUUACUACAUCACGAUUGCAUCUGUGAUGAAAAAUCGACCAGGCACGAGUCUUACUUGCGCACUGAACAAUUCUUGCUUUCUUUUUAUAAUUUUUAAUUCGGCCAGCAAUAUGUGAUAUUUUUAAGUACGUAGUUAUUACGUUUAAAGAAAUGGUAAAGGGUUCCAUGAGAGAUGAGACAGACAAAGCCUACAGUGAUGCCUUAGUAAUAGGGAUGCGUUGAUAUAUAAUACAUGUAUGGGAUGGAAUACUCUAGAGCAUUUUUAUAAAUUUUCUAAUAUUUGUGAGUUUUUUUUUCCACAAAAUCUACUAGAGAUGUCUCUAGUUUAUACUAUUGUACUAAGCGAUAUCGAUUGUAUCUAAAAUAAACAAUAACACCGUACAAGUUUUUAAUGCAUGACAAAAUAUGAACUUCAAUUAUUAUCGAACACAUAUGGUUGAAUUAUAAUCGUUAAAUUAUUUAUUACGUAAAUAGUAACAUGUAAAGUGAGAUGAAAUAGUAUUAGCGUGUAUAGUCUGUAGUUAGAAUAUUUGGACAAGCUGUUGGAAAGGAAGGUGUCCACGUCAGGCGAGCUGCUAAUAUUAAUUAGCUAAUAUUAAUUAGCGGUAACGACAUGCUUGUAGUAACUGUCUUGGAAAGUAAAAUGGCAAUUUUCCCUGAACGUUACUUAGUGUUUCAGGUUGAUCAAUACCCUAAAUAUCCCCCUACCCCGCACAAUUCCUCAUUAUUCUUUUUUUAUUUUACAUAGAGAUCAGAAUCGCACCUAUUAUUUCUCAAGGCAUUGCGGUACUGUGAGUAAAUCUGAGCAAUGGAACUUAUCAUUAGGGUGCUUAUUCUGUAUGAUAGUGUAAACGCGUAACGCGGCCGUGUCAUGUUAUCCUUGAGAGAUGUGCGUGGAAUGGUAUUCUGGAAGCCAAAUUUCUAUAGUCCUAAACAUGAUGUGUUGUGUUACGUGCUUGUUACGCACUGUUAAAAUAACGUGCGGGAUAGAGAAUAAGGCUCCAGAUGGCUACAUUGUAAGAUAAAUAGUCGUUUCGUGACCUGUGUGUUGAAAAUUAGUUUUUUUUUUUAUUUCGAAUUAUUUUCUAAUUCAAAUAUACCAGUUAUUUACAACCUUUUAGUUGGAUGUCGAGAUGUGGGCACGUUAGCCACGUAGUGUGCAGGAUAUUGUAAUCGAAAGGAAAUGUGGAGCGCUUUUAGAAUCGAAUACUUAGGUAUAUCGAUAGUGUAAAGCCGACUUUUGACGUAAUAUUAUACUUGUAAUUACUUGCUAAUAUGCAAUAUGUUGCCAAUGUUAAUGAAAAAUUGUAUUAAAUGUCUUGUUCUAAUUAUAUUUCAGUUUGUUUCUUGUUCUAAUUAUAUGUCUUGUUAAAGGAAUAUAAUGUUUUGGUAAAAUUGUUUGAUAUGAAAUAAUUCCAAUAUUCCGUAUUGUUCUUUAAUAUGUCUUAAAGUAGUUAUUUUCAUUGUGUCUCCAAAUAAAUGUUAACAAGAAAAUCCUCAAAAAUCUAAUAUAAUAUUGAAUAAUAAUAUUACAAAAAAAUUAUUUUAUGUAAUUUAGUGUAUUGUUUAAAAUAUAUCUUUUCCUUUUGAGAACUUAGUAUUUAUUAUGUGAUAAUUAUUAUGAUUAUGAAUUAUCGAAUUUACUCAAAUUGUUUGUAAUACAAAUUGGAAAUAAAUACUGUUAUACUUCCUGCAUUUGCAGACGGUAUUCUGAAUGAAUAUUUUUCCAAACAGGUGUAUUGUAUUGUGGAAAACAAUUGCAUUUUCAACAGUUGCAAUGAAAAUAUUAUAAGUAUCGGAUGAAUGUUCAAAAAUUUGAAACACCCAUGUUACUUAACUACAAAAUUACCCCAACCAUGAUAAACCUCUGUUUUAAUAACUUGUUUCUUUUUCAACCAAUAUUAUGUUGUCUCAUAAUUCGUUAUUUAUUUAUGUAAAUGUAUUUUUAUUCUGUGUAAAUAUUAUAUCACUUAACUAUUUAUUUUGAAAUUACAUUAAUAUACAGUGAAUAUGCUUUUGACGAA